AUGGUGCUCACAGGAGUGGAGGGGCUCAUUGAAGGUCCUUGGCUGCCACCAGCUCCACGGAGGGAGGCCCGCGGCUCAGCCCUCGCCGGCCCCGCCGCUGCUGCAGUAGUGGCUGCUGAUGGGGUGGACGAAUGCUCGCCACUGCUGUCAGCAUCCCCCUCGGGAAGCGUCACUCCCACGGCCCCACCGUACUUACAAGAAAGCAGCCCUAGAGCGGAACUCCCACCUCCAUAUACAGUCAUUGCCAGUCCAGAUGCCAGUGGUAUUCCAGUAAUAAACUGCCGAGUGUGCCAAUCUCUUAUCAAUUUGGAUGGCAAGCUUCAUCAGCACGUGGUUAAGUGCACAGUUUGCAAUGAAGCUACGCCAAUCAAAAACCCUCCAACAGGGAAGAAAUAUGUUAGAUGCCCUUGUAAUUGUCUCCUCAUUUGUAAGGACACAUCUCGGCGAAUAGGAUGUCCGAGACCCAACUGUAGACGCAUAAUUAACCUUGGCCCAGUAAUGCUUAUUUCUGAAGAACAACCAGCUCAACCUGCAUUGCCAGUCCGACCAGAAGGUACGAGGGUCGUGUGUGGGCACUGUGGAAACACAUUUCUGUGGAUGGAACUGAGGUUCAACACUUUGGCAAAAUGCCCACACUGCAAAAAAAUUUCCUUGGUGGGUAGUGCUCUUCCGCGAAGAUGUUGCUGUGCGUAUAUUACCAUUGCAAUGAUAUGUAUUUUCACUGGAGUUGGAUUAACUGUUGGCAGCCAAGAUUUUGCAAGACGAUUGCAUGCAACCUUUGUUUCUUGGGCAGUUGGUUAUCUCUUAGGUUUGAUCUGCCUUAUCCGAGCUUGUUUUUGGGGAGCCAUAAGAGUGAGCUAUCCAGAACACAGUUUUGCAUAA